AUGCUAGAAGAAAUAAGAGGGGCAGCUGCACCGAGUGGAGGCAACAAAGCACAGUGGAAAUUAGUCUCACGCAAGAAGAGGCACCGUAGCUUCGACAACCAUCACUCUCAAACUACCCACUCAGAUUCUUCUUCAAAUGCACCAUCUAUCUAUGAUGCUGGCACAAACCCACAUGGAGGCUGUGAAGGCACAGGUGGUGGAUCCAGAGCCGGGGGGAGUCAUGGAAGGGGUACCAGUGAACAAAUGAAGGAUGUGGGGACUGAAAGUGUGAAUGUCUCAACACGUCACACUCCUAGUAGUCCAUCCGUCUCUGCCAUUGGGAGCGGUCCUCCUGUCAAGUCGACUAGCCAGAAUCUAAACUUCAACCCCAGCAACACUCAGGUCACUGGCACACCUUUUACCCCUGCCCAUCUGGCAGGGCCAGCUCCCAUCAGGCCCAAGAACAGUCCUUCUUGCGCACCGAUGCCAGCACCUGUCACUGGCACCUCGUCUACACCUCCUUUUCCUUCCACCCCUGCUGCGCCUGGCGAGCAUCAACCCUUGCCCGUCUCUAAUUCCCACCCCGACCCUCCCGCACGAACUGUGGACACUAAUGAUCCCAAACUAAUCAUCAAGUAUUUGGUCUUACUCCCUCGUCCAUCAUCCUGCGAAGAUGUUGAGUACCAGGUCGAGUGUCCGGAAUCCCUCAAUAUAGAUCAGUCACUCCAUAAGCGCAUAAGAACACUCAUCAGUUCCCUCACGUAUAUCAUCACAACUGAUCCUAGCAACGUCGCUGCCGUUGCUAUCUCUACCACUCCAAAUAGCACUACCACUUCGCUCGUGACCAGAAUUUAUUUCACUUUCAAUCGGACAAUCAAUGGUAUUCUACAACGGGCAAAGAAACAUCUCAGUGAUGUUCUCCAUCACAUUCAAGGUUGUGUUAAUUGCUCAAGCUCCCCCUCCUCACCAUCAGCUUUCCCCACAAAAAGCACCCAAAUGGUCUCGCUUAUUUAUCGCCUUCAUAAGUUUGGGUUUGAGGCUUUCAAGGCCAAAGUCAAGAAGGGGGACCCGGAGCACAAGGACUAUCUAAAUCCCCUUCUACGGUUAAUUAAAAACGAACAGAAGUCAAUUCGUGAAAACAAGUCAACCUAUGGAGCCAAGUCGCGCAAUCCUCACAGAGGUUUAUUAUUCACAAUGGAAUCUGUCGUUAAAAUCUCCCGUAAAAAAGUGACAGAUUUUAAAGAGGCAGAUGCAGAAGAACUCCUCAGGGUAUUUCUGUUUCUGGUUGAACUCAAAUUCAUUCCAGAUAUCAAUGAACCUAGUGACUAUGAACAUUUAAGAGAGAUUGACGACAAUUUGGGUAAGUCCCCUGUUACCUACCCACUUGCACUAGUACAACUCAACAUUAUCCACAGGUACUGUCAUUGA